UUGCUUGGUGAUUAACUUAUUAUGAUUGUUUUUCUUUAAGAUAUCCCAUCAGGGUGGAUAUGGAGAAAUCAGAUUUAAAGAAUGAGAUUAAUACAGUAAUAAAUUCAUCAUAUAUGAAUCUCGCAGGGAGAGGCUGUAGUAGCUCAAUGUGUGUUGCAACUACAGAGCACAGUAUUGAAGAUGCUGUUGAUAAUGUAAUUGCUGCAGUUGAAGGAUUAACCAUGAAAAUCUCAAAUGGCUGGAAUAACAUCAAAGCACUUCAUCUAAAAGUUGAACACUCAAUCGCACUUCCUAUUCAUGAAUCACUUGUAUUUGAAGAUUGGUGGGCCGAAAACAAAAUUUUCAAAGAAGACAUUCAGAAAAGUAUGUUCUUGCAUUCUAUAUUAAGGCUCUUGCCUUCCAGUAAAAUGGUAUUAAGUUCAGUCCUUAUAAUUAAUGUCAGAAAAUAAAAAUUAAAAUGAAUA